GUCACUCGACGACCGACCACCGACCGGAGGUGUGUAGUGACUCGUUCUCGAGCAGCAGGGUGGUUCAAAGUAAAGUGAGUGUCUGUGUGUGUGUUGGUGCGCGCGCGUACACGCUCAGCCGUGAGCGAUACGUGGAUGAAUGCAUUAUAAUGUCCACGUAUAACGUGCUCGCUAAGAAUUUCGAGGAUCGUCCAAGUACAACUAGUGCACCAACAUAAUAGUGAUUGCCAACUGUGAGGCUACGUAAAUGUUUUUCUAACGUUUUCCACCGUUUCAUGUCAAGUGCCGCGUCCACCAACGGCGACUGUCAUCAUCGUUCAUCGUCUCGAUCGUCCGAAUCAACAGUGAACACUCAAUUUGAAUUCGUUCUAAGGAAACGAAUAACAGAUUGAGCUUCGUUCUCAAGCAAGUAGUUCAGGAGAAAACGAGGAAAAAGUCAAUCCGCCAGCACCGCCGCCGUCGUGAUCCGACGCUGAAUUAAAAACAGAAGGAAGAUGUCGUCGGUAAAGGUGGCGGUGAGGGUACGGCCCUUUAAUAAUCGGGAGAUCUCCCGUGAGGCACAAUGCAUCAUCGAAAUGUCCGGCAGUACCACUUCAAUAUUGAACCCCAAGGCACCACCGGGCAGCAAAGAUGCGAUUAAGAGUUUCAACUACGAUUAUUCCUAUUUUUCCAUGGACCCAAACGACACAAAUUAUUCUUCACAACUAAUGGUCUAUAAGGAUAUCGGCGAGGAAAUGCUGGAGCACGCUUUUGAAGGUUACAACGUCUGUAUAUUUGCAUACGGACAGACCGGUGCUGGUAAAUCGUACACCAUGAUGGGCAAACAAGAAGAAGGUCAAGAGGGUAUAAUACCUCAAAUUUGCAAGGACCUCUUUAGAAAAAUCAGUCGCAAUUCAAAUGAAUGUCUGAAGUAUUCUGUGGAAGUAAGUUACAUGGAAAUAUAUUGCGAAAGGGUACGCGAUCUCUUAAACCCCAAGAACAAAGGAAAUCUCCGUGUACGAGAGCACCCUCUACUUGGACCGUAUGUCGAGGAUUUAUCAAAAUUGGCAGUGAUGUCAUAUCAAGACAUUCAUGAUCUUAUCGAUGAGGGAAACAAAGCGAGAACGGUAGCAGCCACAAAUAUGAAUGAGACAUCUAGCAGAUCUCACGCCGUAUUUACAAUAUUCUUCACGCAACAAAAGCACGAUUCUAUAACUGGAUUAGUGACAGAAAAAGUCAGUAAAAUUUCUCUGGUCGACUUGGCAGGUUCUGAAAGGGCUGAUUCUACUGGUGCGAAGGGUACAAGAUUAAAAGAAGGUGCCAAUAUUAAUAAAAGCUUGACGACCCUGGGAAAAGUCAUCAGUGCCCUUGCUGAAAUUGCGGCAACUAAAAAGAAGAAGAAAGCUGAUUUUAUCCCUUAUAGAGAUUCAGUUCUAACAUGGCUCUUGAGAGAAAAUCUAGGAGGUAAUUCUAAAACAGCGAUGAUUGCAGCAGUGAGCCCAGCGGACAUCAAUUACGAUGAGACUCUCUCCACCUUACGAUAUGCAGACAGAGCGAAACAAAUAGUUUGCAAAGCUGUCGUUAAUGAAGAUGCAAAUGCGAAACUUAUCCGAGAACUUAAAGAAGAGAUUCAGAAGUUGCGUGAAUUGCUGAAACAAGAGGGUAUUGACGUGCAAGAAGGGCCAGAUGGUAAAGUCACAUAUGAAAAGAAAGAAUCUAGAGACGAGAUCGUUCGAGCAACCAAACGCGAGGACGAUGUGAAGGAACCUCGAUCCAGAAUUCCGUCUCACACUACGUCGACCAUCGCUGAGGAAGCAGUGGAUCAGUUGCAAGCUUCAGAAAAACUUAUUGCUGAACUGAAUGAAACAUGGGAAGAAAAGUUGAAACGAACCGAGCUGAUUCGUUUACAACGAGAGGCAGUGUUCGCCGAAAUGGGUGUUGCCGUGAAAGAGGAUGGUGUCACGGUUGGCGUGUUCUCUCCAAAGAAGACUCCUCACUUGGUGAAUUUGAACGAAGAUCCAAUGAUGUCUGAAUGUCUGAUUUAUUACAUUAAAGACGGCUUCACGCGUAUCGGUAGUGCCGAAGCUAACAUACCGCAAGAUAUCCAAUUAUGCGGUCCUCACAUACUAAGCGAGCAUUGCGUCUUCGAAAAUCACGAGGGUAUUAUUACUCUGAUUCCGAAGAAAGGCGCUUUAAUUUAUGUAAAUGGACGUGAGGUCACUGAACCGAUCGUUCUGAAAACUGGAUCUCGCGUCAUUUUAGGAAGGAAUCAUGUGUUCAGAUUCAAUCAUCCUGAUCAAGUACGUGAACGAAGGGAGAAAGGAUCUCCUGCAGAAACUCCUGGAAAUGGAGAAACAGUUGAUUGGAACUUUGCACAGAUUGAAUUGUUGGAAAAACAAGGAAUCGAUCUAAAGGCUGAGAUGGAAAAGAGAUUGUUAGUUUUAGAAGAACAAUUCCGUAAAGAGAAGGAGGAGGCAGAUCAAUUGUUCGAGGAACAAAGAAAGAGUUAUGAGGCUCGAAUAGACGCACUGCAGAGACAAGUCGAAGAACAAAGCAUGACAAUGUCAAUGUAUAGCAGUUACACGCCUGAAGACUUUAACAAUAUCGAGGAAGAUAUUUUCGUCAACCCCUUGUUUGACGCAGAGAGCAACUGGACCGAGAGAGAGUUCCAACUGGCCGCUUGGGCCUUCCGCAAGUGGAAAUAUCAUCAAUUUACAAGCCUUCGGGAUGAUCUAUGGGGCAACGCUAUAUUCCUCAAAGAAGCUAACGCUAUUUCUGUCGAACUCAAAAAGAAGGUGCAAUUCCAGUUUACUUUGCUCACGGAUACGCUUUAUUCGCCGCUUCCUCCGGAUCUCUUGCCCGCCAUCGACGACGAAGAAGAAGAAGAAAGACCAUUCCCGCGUACUAUAGUUGCCGUGGAAGUUCAGGACACAAAGAAUGGCGCCACACAUUAUUGGACACUGGAUAAACUUAGACAGCGCUUGGAGUUGAUGCGACACGUGUACAACGAGGACUCGAGCCCCAGCACUCCGGAGGCCAAAGAGGAUAUUUUCCAAUGUUUAACCGCCUACUCUAAUCCGAAGUUCUCGCUCGCAAAUCUUUUGCCUUCGAGACAAAGACUCGAGCUUAUGCGAGAAAUGUAUCACAACGAGGCAGAAUUAUCCCCGACAUCCCCGGAUUUCAAUAUCGAAUCUAUCACCGGUGGUGAUCCAUUCUACGACCGUUUCCCCUGGUUCCGAAUGGUUGGCAGGUCUUUCGUGUACCUAAGUAAUCUUAUGUAUCCCGUUCCACUGAUCCACAAAGUAGCGAUAGUAAAUGAAAAGGGAGACGUGAAGGGUUACUUGCGUGUAGCUGUGCAAGCUGUUGUUGAAGAGGAAAACAGUGAAUACUCAAGUGGCGUCAGACAAUCAGCUAGAAUUUCCUUCGAGGACGACUUGUUUGGAAAUCAAAAGCAGAACAAACGCAACACCUUGUUGACCCAGACUCUUGAGAAAAAUCGACAAAUCCUGUUACACGAGGAACGUGUCGUGGAAGGCCACAACGAGCAAAAGGAGGUAAAAGACGAAGAUGAUAUCGGCGAUGCAGAUAGUGGUAGAGGAGAUAGUUCGGUUUCCAGCGAUAUGAAGGAAGAGGAUUUACCGGAUCAUUUGCAACUUGGCUCUGAAUUCACAUUCAGAGUUACUGUAUUGCAGGCCAUGGGCAUUUCUACCGAAUAUGCUGACAUUUUCUGCCAAUUCAAUUUCUUGCAUCGGCACGACGAAGCAUUUUCAACAGAGCCAGUAAAAAAUACCGGAAAAGGAAAUCCACCUGGAUUUUAUCACGUGCAAAAUAUCACGGUUACGGUAACAAAAUCGUUCUUGGAAUAUCUAAAAACUCAACCGAUUGUUUUCGAAGUUUUUGGACACUAUCAGCAACAUCCUUUACAUAAAGAUGCCAAGUUGGAAUACGUGAGACAACCACCAAAGAGAAUGCUUCCACCAUCUAUACCUAUCAGUCAACCUGUACGUUCACCAAAAUUCGGUAGUGUUUUACCAUCCCCUAGCACGUCACAUGUACACGCGAAAUACGACGUAUUAGUUUGGUUCGAGAUUUGCGAAUUGGCGCCGAACGGUGAAUACGUGCCGUCUGUAGUUGACCAUAGCGACGAUCUACCGUGUCGUGGACUGUUUCUUCUUCAUCAAGGAAUUCAGCGUCGUAUUCGAAUUACCAUUGUACAUGAACCAGCAUCUGAACUACGAUGGAAAGAUGUGAGAGAGUUAGUUGUCGGACGUAUCAGAAACACGCCAGAACCAGAAGAAGAGGACAACGAUUCGUCAGUGCUUUCGUUGGGUCUCUUCCCUGGCGAAUAUUUAGAAGUGCCCGGUGAUGAUAGAUGCAUGUUUAGAUUCGAGGCAGCAUGGGAUAGCUCUCUUCACAAUUCAGCCUUGCUCAAUAGAGUAACAGCUUACGGAGAGCAAAUCUUCAUGACCAUUUCCGCGUAUCUUGAGUUGGAGAAUUGUGGAAGACCAGCGAUCAUCACGAAAGACUUGAGCAUGAUCAUUUAUGGCAGAGACGCUAGAGUAGGGCCGCGUUCCUUGAAACAUCUGUUCAGCGGAAGUUACCGCAAUCAAGAAGCGAAUAGACUCAGUGGUGUUUACGAAUUGGUUCUGCGUCGUUCUUCGGAAGCAGGUAGCCCAGGCGUUCAGAGGCGACAACGUCGCGUAUUGGACACAAGUUCUACGUAUGUUAGAGGAGAAGAAAACCUACAUGGAUGGAGACCUCGAGGAGAUAGUUUAAUAUUCGAUCAUCAAUGGGAGUUAGAAAAAUUAACAAGAUUAGAAGAAGUGGAGAGAGUAAGACACACAUUGCUGUUGCGAGAAAAAUUGGGUAUCGAUAAAGUAUCAUACUGCAACAAAAUGUCACACGAUUUCACAAAAAGCGAAAAGGAAGUUUGCAACAUGAUGGCAAAGGCAACGAACGAAACGCACGCUAGCCCAGUGAAACUGAAGCGUUCAACGAGUAAAGACAUUUACGAGCCAUGGGAAAUGACAGAGAGAGAAAAGGAACUAGCCACAAAGUAUAUCAAACUUAUUCAAGGUCGAAUUCCAAACAAAGAACCCAUUCUAUUAUCUGAUGUUUCACCCGGAGAAGACACUAUGGCUGAUAUGUCGGCAUCCAUGAUGUCUUCGGUGAUAUCAUCCUCGUCCCAAGAGUCAGUAUACGAGAGAGCUAGUGAUUAUUUAAAGCAGGCUGCUGGUAUAAUAGUAUGGAGCAGGUCUAAGUCGUGCAUCUUUAGGUUAAGUUCACCGGAGAGAGCUAGACUGCAGGAACUGCAGGAGAGCAUAUUAGCCAGCGAAUCCACUAACCAAUCGUGUACCAUUGCACCGGCUCCAUUGGGUUCAUCUUCUCCAUCAAAGGAAAAUUUGGUACUCUACGUGCCAGAAGUCGAAGAAAUUCGUAUUAGUCCUGUUAUUGCUAGGAAAGGAUACUUAAAUGUUUUGGAACACAAGACUAAUGGUUGGAAAAAACGCUGGGUGGCUGUGCGACGACCAUAUGUCUUAAUCUUUCGGGAAGAGAAGGAUCCAGUGGAGAGAGCUCUCAUUAAUUUAGCUACUGCUCAAGUUGAAUAUUCUGAAGAUCAAUUAGCUAUGGUGAAAGUACCUAAUACUUUCAGUGUCGUUACAAAACAUCGAGGAUAUUUAUUGCAAACUUUAGGAGAUAAGGAGGUUUAUGACUGGUUAUAUGCUAUUAAUCCUCUUCUUGCUGGUCAAAUUAGGUCAAAACUAGCGCGCAAAGGGCCAACUACGAAUUUGAAUAAUGCUUCGCCUGUUGGUCUAGUCCCGCCCAUAGAUCAGCAGUCGAACCAAAAUAAGUGAGUGGCCGAUGCAUUGGCCGAGGUAACGAGCGUCAUUACGAAAGCUUCCGAAAAGAUGCUUUACUGGUCGCACUCGGCCUUCGAAUCUCAUGAUCUCUGUAGCUUUCGAUUUUCGGUAGUCUUCGAUUAUUAAAACGCCUCGAAAAAUGCGUACUAACGAUUGACUACCAGCUUCGAUAGCCGCCGAUUAAUAUCUCGUUACAUCUGAUUCAACUACUCGCCAGCCCUUUUACUCCUGGCGACCGGAUAGAAAUGAAAUAAAACUGAAUUGAUAAUGGAAACAAUUCUUAAAUGCAAAGGCGUGUUAUACGUGUUCGAAUCAUGUUGAAAUUAUACUUUCAGAAUAUCGCAAACUCUCCCCCCUUGGUCUCUCCGUUCAUUUUGAGACGCAAUCAAAAUGUACACAACGUUGAUGAGACAUCACCGCGAGUUCGCGAUACCUAUCUUAUAAUAUAUUCGAAUUUUUCGAUAUUAGUCGGUCGUACGAAGCGAUUCUCUUUUAAGCGUGGAACGCAUACACAAUGAAGAAUAACGUUAUUUAUGCCUAAAUAAAACAUUCCUAAGACGAUCAUAGAAAACGAGGCAAGAGAAUACACACAUUGUAGGUAUACUCAUUAAAGAGAAGAUGUGGUACGAGAGGAAGCAAGAAAGAGAGGGAGAGAAAGAGAUAAUUAAGGGAAAAGGCGAUGUAGCAAGAUUACGAAUUUCUGAGUGUUCAUGUUUGAGAGAAAGAGAUGAGAGCAAGAGAAAGAGAAACGAAAGAAAAACAAAAAAGAGAAACAGAGAUUCUAUACUGAGGAAGGGUGCAGAUUAUUUCGAACAUGAAUUCUAAACAGUAAUCGUUGAAUAAUUCAUUGUUAAUAAUUCGUUUAUGUAAUUAUGUUUGUCUAUUACAACCGUUAUCGAAAUAAUCCUUUUUCCUCUUGUUUCGUGUUACUGUAGUAUAAUAAUACAUUUUGCGCCUCGAAUAACGAAGUUCAUUCUUCACUCAUAAGUAAAAUGUUGGGAUCGCAACGAAUUUCGUUGAUUUAAAUUUUUACUCUUACUGCAUAGACCAGUAUUCGAGUAUAAGAAUCGAGAGAAACAUUUUUCUGCCACAACAGAAAAAGUUCGUAAUAAUAACACGAAUAAUUUGCAGUAUUAUUUAGACGAAACGACAAGUCAGACGUUUUCAAUUCAAUGUAAACGUAUCGUCAGUGUUAGUUGCUGGCAUAGUCAUCAUUAUCGUUUGAGAGAUAUUUUUCUUAAUCGAUUUUAACUGUAUUUCAAUUUUUCUACCAAUUUUACGUAAUCGAGAUAUCAGGAAAACGAUUACCAACAUAUUCUGUUGAACGAUAGAUAAAAUGAAAAGUUUGUAAGAAAUUUCAAAGAUUAUUUUCUCGGUCGUUUGUACGCGGUGGUCUACCUAAAAGUGAGCCCCGCUCCUGUUACCGUUUUUGCUUACUAACUGUUGUAGAGUCUGAUAGUUUUAUUUUGUUAACGACGAUAUACGUGUCGAUGAAGAACAAGAAACCGUACUUUAAUAAGUUAUAUAUGCACUCGGCGCUUUUAACCCUUUGAAGCAAAAAUUUAGAUAAAAUGAACCGAUGAUGUCAACAUUAGUCAUUUUCCUUUUGUAUACAUGAAUUUUAUUAUUUAUUAUAUAUAUAUAUAUAUAUAUAUAUAUAUAUAUAUAUAUAUUAUUUAUUAUAUAUUAUUAUUUAUUUUAAUUUAUGUUAUAUUUUUGCCACAUAGUAAUAUUGUAAUUACAGUCUUCAAUUUAAGGAGUAGAGUUAUUUUAAAGUAAUGGAAUUUAAUAAAAUUGUAAAUGCAUUUAGUUAAUAUUACUAACUAUACAAUAUAUAUAUUUUGCAAUUGACAAUUUUUGCGUAAAUAGUUAUAAAAUAGUUUAAAAUAUAAAUAUAUUUAUUGGGAAUUUUGAUUAUUUAUUUAUUGAAAAAAAUUCUAAUUAGAUAAAGUAUAAUAUGAUAAAAUAAACGGGUUAAUGGACAAUAUCACCGUGAUAAAAUUAAUUAUUUGAUUAUGUUGUGUUUCGUAAUAUCUUCAAAAUGAGUUCAUAUUUAAUUUUUCUUAUUAUAAUAAAAGGAGUACAAUGUUGGUUAAUUUUAAAAAUUAAAUGAUCUUUCAUCCUUCAAACUCUAUGGAAAACAUUGUGCAAUAUUUUUUUAAUCAUGGAUUUUUAAUCGUAUCCUUUUUUAUCAGAAGAUAAUGUUUAGUAUUAUUAUAUGUUGUUUAUCUCUAAUAAUAUACCAAAGAAAUUCCAAUACUUAUUUAAAAUGGGAAUGGUAAAAUUCAUGUAACAUAAAUAUAAAAAAUACAUAUAAGAAAUAUAAUAUUCAUAACAUUAAUUCUUGAAAGCAGGAACAUUAAAAAUCUGAACUGAAGGAUGCAAGAAGUGUACUCUUUCUGCAUUGCUUUUUCUAAGAUAUUCAUUGUAUAUCUACAGAAUAAUUGUACUUUAACAGCUCUAGAAUUAAAAUAAAGAUUUACAAAAUGUGCUUUUACAUAACAAAACAAAAGUAAUCCGUGCAUAAUUAAGAUAUUGACUCUUUUCUUUUUAAUAUAUAAGAAAACAUUUAUGAACUGUACAAGGACAUAAUACUUAUAUAUAUAUAUACAUAAUAUAUUUAUGAAUAUUACUUAUGAUAUGUAGCAUUUAUAUUUUAAUCAUGUUAUUUAUGGAUAAUUUAUUUGUUAUACUAUAUAUAACAAACAAUUGUGCAUGUAAGUAAAAUGAAGUAAAAAAGAAAGUAUUGCUUCAGGGGGUUAAAGACACAAUUUAUUACUACAUGAAGAAGAAAAAGAAAUUGAAUAUUAAGGCAUGAAGGAGCCGAAUUAAAAAAAAAAUAAAAGAAAAUAGGACACGCAAGUGAACAAAGAAAAAAUGAUACGAGCGUUAUGAACAAAAAUGGAGAAACGCUAUCGAUAAGAUUAAUAAUCAUUGUUGUUAUUAGAAGUCAAAAUACGGAAUUAAGGAGAAACGAGGACGAGAGAAAGGGAAGAAUUAAAAGGGAGAGAAUGGAGAAACGCGUGUGCGCGAGAGAGAGUGAGUGCGAAAGAGAUAGCGCGAAAGAACAUGUUUGCUUAUAUAUAUAUAUAUACCUUAUAUAUAGAUAAAGUAUAUUAUAUAAAUAUAUAAAUAAAUUUAAUAUUAACACAAGCAUUUUGUCAAAUGUCGAAGAUCAUCUAGAGACAUACGAAAAAAGGCUAACGAUGAUUUGACCUGUACCAAGUAUGUAAGUUCAUGUACUUGUUUGUAAGGUAACUAAAAACUCUAAUGCAGAAACGUUUUCAUUUUUGAUCGUUUGCUAUGAAAAAAAAACAUGCAUCGAUGCUGUAACUUGUAUUUAUUAUUAUUAUAAUUAUUCGAUUUUCGCUAGACUCACUGUAAGUGGUAACGUGUAAUAAAUCGGUCAAUAAAAAGCUUACAUGCUUAA